CCUUAAGUAUAACAUGCUCAAUUUUUCUUAAAAUAAUAAUUGCGAUUUGUAGUUUUUAUUUUGGGAGACACUAGUUUAUGUUAUUUUACAAUAUUAGGCAAUAUUCAAAUUUGUAUUUUUACCCAAAGCUCUAUUAACUUUUAAAACUUCAAUGGUAACAAAUAGUAUAUAUUUAAUUAACUUUUUAUUAGAAAAAUAAUUUGCUGAAAAUAUUUAUCGAACUAUAACUAAUUUUGCAUAGAUGGACAGAUCUAAUUUAUGUGGUUGUAAAGGAGUUAGAACUUGUUUCGUGUGUGAAAUUCAAUUCAAUUUAAGUCCUACAGUUGACGCGAAUAUCCUAAAAGUAAACAAUAACAAACACGUUAUGCAUUUUUGCCUUUAAAAAAUGAUUUACACUGUGGUUUAAUUUUUUCAGAAAUUAUCUUGCGCCUCUUUUUGUGCCGAAUGCAAUUCGUUGUGGCAAGGUUGGAAUGCCAAUGAGUAUAAAAACCAUCCUGAUCAUGUCGGCAAGUGUUAUGAUUUAAAUGGAGUGUACAUUCAACACGAUUUCAUCGACAAAGAAGAGGAGCUAAAGUUAAUCGAGAGUUUAGAUGCUAUGCCUUGGGACGUUUCUCAAAGCGGUCGUAGAAAACAAAACUUUGGACCGAAAUGCAAUUUUAAAAAAAGACGUUUGUCGAUGGGAAAUUUCAAUGGUUUUCCAUUGCCAACUAAGUUUGUACAAGAUCGCUUCGAACGGAUUCCCCUUAUGAAAGAUUUUCAUACGAUUGAACAAUGUUCGUUAGAAUACAAAUCUGAAACCGGCUCUUCGAUAGAUCCUCAUGUCGAUGAUUGUUGGAUUUGGGGCGAAAGAAUUGUAUCUUUAAACCUUUUAACGGAUUCGGUUUUAACGUUAACUCCUCAUCGUGCCAAAUACCAAAAUCAGUAUAACAUCGACUAUAUACCAAAUGAUAAGGAUUUGUUUUUACCAUUGAACAAAACAGAUUACCCCGUAGACGUUAUAAGAAUACCUAUGCCAAGAAGAUCACUUUUAGUGUUGUAUGGAAAUCCUCGAUACCUGUGGGAACACUGUAUACUCAGAGAAGAUAUUCAAGAAAGAAGAGUUUGUCUGGCGUAUAGAGAAUUUACACCGUCGUAUUUAAAGAAUGGUGAACACUUCCAAGAAAGUUGUGAUAUUUUAGAAAAAGCAAAAACAUUUUGGUGAAUAAAAUAAUAUGUGUAGUAUUGUGCUAUUUUAUUACAAUACUUACGAUUAUAAUUAUAUAAAUGUAUUAAUUUAAUAUUUUUCCUAACGCAUGUGAUUGUUAUAGAUUAUAAUAAUUUAUAUGAGUAGAACA